AUGUUCUGCAGAGCUCAGGAUCUCCAAGAUGUGCCUCGUGCAAUCGGAAGCGUGGAGGCGCUAAACCGCGAAAAGGCCCUGGUGCCUCCAGUGGUUUUGACAUUGCCAAAACACUUGAGAGGAAGUGGAAGUGAACAAAUAGAAGAACUUUCGAAAAAGAUGGGAUUGAUUCUGCAAGCUUUAGAAAGAGAACGACAAA